GGGAAAUGACUGCAGUGCCAUUGAGGAUGUGAUUUUGCUGCUUCAAUGAGUUCACAAUCUGAAACGUUGUGGAACUGUCCAAACCGGUCGAGAUCUCGUCCAUGAACAAUGCCCUUGCUGGUCCAACCAGCAUUUCACCUGUAGUGACACGCUUUCUUUGUCCUCCAGAGAUACCUCUGAUCAUUUCAUCGCCAACAAGUGUGUCUGCACAAACUUCCAGCCCUAAGAUCUAUUCAAAGAAAUGGAUGAUUAGAAACUGUCUCCUAGCCGCCUUGACCCACCUUCAUGUAGACAUCAAUAUCAGGAUCAGGUUUAAUAUUUGCUGCCUUCUCUCUUCU